UGCUUCCAAACGUCCCACAAGCAUCGCCAAGGCAGAAGACGCCAUGACACUUUCGACAAGUUACUUGACGCUCUUCCUUCCCCUUCUGGUGCUCGUCGCCGUAUUUAGCGAGGCUCGAAUCAUCAACAAUUACGCUAGACCCCGUCUCGGCGAAACAUUCUACGGGGAGAUAAGAGAACUUUUACGACAACGACUCGACGAGAUAGAGAAUGAAGUGUCAGUGUUCGAAGAAGAACAACCACCUCGUCCAGAGGAAAACCCGACUUGGCGUGGGCCGGAGAGUUUGGGUCAAAUAUCGGGUGUCGCCGUGGAUUGGAAUGGAAGACCCGUGAUUUUUCACCGUGGUCAUCACACGUGGGAAUAUUCUACGUUCAACUCGAGUUAUCACUACCAAGAGCUGACCCGAGGACCAAUCCUUCAGAACACAGUGCUUACCCUGGACCCUGUAACCGGUGAGGUAAUCGAAGGCUGGGGAAAGAGUCUCUUUUACAUGCCUCACGGUCUGCAUAUUGAUGUGUACGGUAACGUGUGGUUAACGGACGUCGCCCUCCACCAAGUGUUCAAGUUUCGAAGGAAUGCCAGAAAUCCGAGCCUCAUAUUAGGGCAGAGGUUCCAACCUGGUAGCGAUUCGGCCCACUUUUGCCAGCCGACAACAGUCGCCGUCGCGCCAGCCGGGGAAAUAAUAGUCGCUGAUGGUUACUGCAACAACCGAAUCAUGGUCUUCAAUGCGGCCGGAGGUCUACUCGAAGUCAUUCCGCAGCCCGGAGAAUUCUUAUCCCUGCAAGUUCCUCAUGGUUUGGCUCUUCUUCCGGAACUCGAUGUCGUCUGCAUCGCUGACCGAGAGAAUAUGAGGGUCACCUGUCCAAACGUGGGUCUCAAAAGAUCGCGGACGCGAAGUCCUCCUUUGACCAUUCAGCAGCCUGAUCUCGGAAGAGUGUUCGGUGUUGCAGCGUACGGCAAUUACAUCUACGCCGUAAAUGGUCCAACGUCGCCGAUGAUUCCGGUGAGAGGUUUCACCCUGGACCCCAGAACAGAAAGAGUCGUUGAUCACUGGACACCGGUAUCGAGCAAAUUUACACAGCCCCACGCCAUCGCCGUUUGCCCGAACGAAACUGCGCUCUAUGUCGUUGAAAUUGAGCCUAACAAGGUUUGGAAGUUCGACCUGAUCCGGACCGAUUCUAAGAAGUAACAACAAACGUCCAUUGACGCUGCAAUUUAGCAGUCCCUCGGGAAUAUGUCGGCAACUCUGCAUCUAUCCUGCAAAAAAGAAAAAAAAUAUUUAAAAAAAAUAUCGAUCCACACGAGAAGACGAUGAAGUUAUCUGUAAUUUUUUGUGUCGUACCCGGGCAUUACCGCAACGCCCACGUGCGUUUUCAUUAUGAUUAUAGGUAAUGUACGGUGUUAGAAUUCGUAGCGGUUACCUGACCCCUUCUUCUCCGCUGGUGACGUCACUUCCGGACCACGAUAUACACGACCAAUAUGACCCUAAACGUCGAUAUCAAGAUAUCCAUAUUUUAGCAAUGAAAGUAUUGUAACUGGAGGAAACCUUUGAAUAUUUUUGUGACUACAAAGGUGUGUAAUUGUAUUAGAUCACGUAGAAGCCUGUAUACGUACAAUUCGGAUUCACCCGGAAUAUCGCCAACGGGUAAUUCAGGUAAUACAUUGUGUACCUGUUAUUUAGAAAUCAACUAUGUGGUACCAGAACGCUAAUCGAGCUUCAUAUCUCUGUGUAAAAAAUAUAUCACUUUACCGAUUACGCUCAGCUGUCAAAUGA